UCUUGACAUGGGCUUCAUAAGCACCACUGUCCCCAAAGCCAUGCACAAUACCCUCUGGGUCACCACAACCAUCUCCUAUGCAGGAUGUGCUGCUCAGGUUUUUCUGAUUUUUUUCCCUUUGGAUCAGAGCUUGCCCUUCUCACCGUCAUGUUGUAUGACCGCUACGUGUCCAUCUGCAAACCCCUGCACUAUGGGACCCUCCUGGGCAGCAGAGCUUGUGCCCACAUGGCAGCAGCUGCUUGGGCCAGUGGCUUUCUCUACGCUGUCGUGCACACAGCCAAUACAUUUUCCCUGCCCCUUUGCCAUGGCAAUGCCCUGGACCAAUUCUUCUGUGAAGUGCCACAGAUCCUCAAGCUCUCCUGCUCCAAAUCCUACCUUAGGGAGCUUGGGCUUCUCAUAGUUUGUGCUUUUCUCUUAUUUGCUUGUUUUGUGUUCAUUAUUUUCUCCUAUGUGCAGAUCUUCAGGGCCGUGCUGAGGAUCCCCUCUGAGCAGGGCCGGCACAAAGCCUUUUCCACUUGCCUCCCUCACCUGGCUGUGGUCUCUCUGUUUCUCAGCACUGGCUUUUUUGCCUACCUGAAGCCCCCCUCCAUGUCUUCCCCAUCCCUGGAUCUGGCCCUGUCAGUUCUGUACUCAGUGUUUCCUCCAGUCCUGAACCCCCUCAUCUACAGCCUGAGGAACCAGGAGCUUAAGGAUGCCCUGAGAAAAAAGGUGACUGGAUACUUUUCAGAAGCAAAAAAGUGUUUUCUGCUGCAUAGUUUUCGGAAUGGAACUCAUGACUGGCCCAGUCUGCCUUCUCAGGUCUUUGGUGAUGCCUAUGGGUUCUUCUUGCCAUAA